AUGACUGUGGGAUCAGAUUCCAAGAGAUGGAUUUUGGUACUACCGCCAGAAUUGCUCGAUUGUAAAGAGAACGCCCAGAUCUUUUCACUACCACAUCCAUCAAAUAAUACAUCCAAGGACCGUAUGCAACUAGUAGAAUUCAAAGGAAAAGGCAUUUACCAAUUGAAAUCUCAUGAAUUUAGUCGAGGUUGUUCCUACACUGAUGAUCAAGAUCAGGCGGAAGACAAUUAUCAUUAUACAAAAGAUGGUAAGACGAUAAAAUCUACUCUGGUAAUUAAUGAAAACGAUCCUCAAAACGGGUAUGUAAUGGAAGAUGGAGAUUUUCAGUAUUUAUCGAAAACUGAUAUUACAUUCAAUCUAAUUGGAUUCUUCUAUAAAGAAUUCACAGUGCAAGAUGAGAAGGAUUAUUUGAGAGAAGACGCCCCCACCACGAUGCAGAGUGAUAACAAAUUUUUGGGACUAAGAGACUACCAUGACUUACUUGUUGACUCACACGACCAUGAGUGGAGCAAGGUUUCCCUAGAAACUUUUAAAGCGGCAAUGGAAAAUGUUGCAGAUCCCAUUGAAGAAGCUGGUGAUAUCUAUUACAAAAUAACUACUCAAAAGAUUAUGCAGUGUCUAAUUCGAAAAACAAGGCAAAUCCUAGAUGCCUUUCCCACGACCAUUCCAAUUCCAUCAUCCCUACCACCGGAAAUUAUGGAAUCUGCCAAAGUGACUAUCGCUGUGAAUUUAUUGAUAUCACUGAUUCCAAGACCUGCAUAUUGGCAUUUGGUUAAAUACACUGGUGAGGAAUUAAAUGUAGCAAAGGCGUUUCAGAAGUACGAGGACUAUAUACAAAAUAUCAAAGAUGUUACCAAGGAGAAAGAAUCACUAGUACAGAGUGCUAUGAACGUAGGACUCACUAAUGGGUCAAACUCGACGACGAAAACUACGAAAAAGGUCGUUAAAAAGACAGUAUCACAGAGGAAAGUGGCUACGGGUAAAGGAUCCAUCGAUGGAUUCUUUAAGAGAGCCAAAUGA